GAUCCUAACCAGUUUCGUGUCGCCUGGUUGUUCUGCAGGAGCGGAUCUUCCUGACGUUCUCCAACUACAUCUUCACCGCGAUCUUUGUGGCAGAGAUGACCGUAAAGAUUGUGGCCAUGGGCUUUUUCUUCGGGGACAAAGCUUACCUGAGGAGCAGCUGGAACCUCCUGGACGGGAUGUUGGUGAUGAUUUCUGUCGUCGACAUCCUGGUGUCUCUCAUCUCCAACACGGGAACCAAAAUCUUGGGCAUGCUCCGAGUGCUGCGGCUGCUGAGGACGCUCAGGCCCCUCCGCGUGAUCAGCAGAGCCCCAGGGCUGAAGCUGGUGGUGGAGACACUGAUGUCGUCACUCAAGCCUAUCGGGAACAUCGUCGUCAUCUGCUGUGCCUUCUUCAUUAUCUUUGGCAUCCUUGGAGUCCAGCUUUUCAAGGGGAAGUUCUAUGUGUGUCAGGGGGAGGAUGUGAGGAACAUAACCAACAGGACAGACUGCGAGGGGGCCCACUACAAAUGGGUCCGGCACAAGUACAACUUUGACAACCUGGGGCAGGCAUUGAUGUCUCUUUUUGUACUGGCCUCAAAAGACGGAUGGGUGGAUAUCAUGUAUGACGGCCUUGAUGCUGUAGGAGUUGAUCAACAGCCAAUAAUGAACUACAAUCCAUGGAUGCUGCUCUACUUCAUCUCCUUCCUCCUGAUCGUGGCCUUUUUUGUGCUCAACAUGUUCGUGGGCGUGGUGGUGGAGAACUUCCACAAGUGUCGGCGCCACCAGGAGGCCGAGGAGGCCAAACGCAGGGAGGAGAAGAGACUGAAAAGAAUGGAGAAAAAGAGACGGAGUAAGGAGAAGGAGCUGGCUGAUUUAUUGGUUCCGGGGGUGAGUUGGGCCCUCUCUGACGGCACACUGAAAGAAGCUCAGAGUAAGCCCUACUACUCAGAUUACUCCCCCACUCGGCUGCUCAUCCACAAGAUGUGCACCAGCCACUACCUGGACCUCUUCAUCACCAUCGUCAUAGGGCUCAACGUCAUCACCAUGUCCAUGGAGCAUUACGAGCAGCCACAGGAGCUUGACAACGCGUUGAAGAUCUGCAACUACAUCUUUACCCUCAUCUUUGUUUUGGAAUCUGUCUUCAAGCUGGUGGCCUUUGGAUUUCGACGCUUCUUCAAGGACAAGUGGAACCAGCUGGAUCUCGCCAUUGUUCUGCUGUCCAUCAUGGGCAUCACUCUGGAGGAGAUUGAGGUCAACGCUUCGCUGCCCAUCAACCCAACCAUUAUCCGCAUCAUGAGAGUGCUGAGGAUAGCAAGAGUGCUGAAGCUCCUGAAGAUGGCGGUCGGAAUGAGAGCUUUGCUGGACACCGUUAUGCAAGCUCUGCCUCAGGUGGGGAAUCUGGGCCUGCUCUUCAUGCUCCUCUUCUUCAUCUUUGCCGCUUUGGGAGUCGAGCUGUUUGGCGACUUAAUCUGUGAUGAGCUCCAUCCAUGCGAGGGUCUGGGCCGCUACGCCACUUUCAGGAACUUUGGGAUGGCGUUCCUGCUGCUCUUCAGAGUUUCCACUGGCGACAACUGGAAUGGCAUCAUGAAGGACACUCUGAGGGACUGCGCCCACGAAACGGGGACGUGCUACAACACCGUGGUCUCUCCCAUCUACUUCGUCUCCUUCGUCCUGACCGCCCAGUUUGUCCUGGUCAAUGUGGUCAUAGCCGUCCUGAUGAAGCACUUGGAGGAGAGCAACAAGGAAGCCAAAGAGGAGGCGGAGCUGGAGGCCGAGUUAAACCUGGAGCUGCAAAUGGAAGGAGCAGACAUGGCGCCAAGGUCGCCCCAGCUCAACCCCCUGGCCCUGGGCAUGGACCGGUCGAGCUCGGGGGGUUCCCCUUGGCGGUCUGCCGGAGGGGGGGACAUGGAGCAGGAGCGGGAAGGUCCUAUGGACUCUCCCACUGCUGAUAUAACCAGAGACUCUGUAGACAUCAGAGCAGAACCCCCCGCAUACCCAGAGCCCCAGCUGGAGUUUGUGCAGCGGAGACCUCUGUUUGACUCCAUCUCCCUGGUCAUCCAGGGCUCAAUGGAGGGAGAGUUGAGUUUGAUGGACAACCUGUCCGGCUCCAUCUGCCACUACUACGCGCUGCCCCCCAGGCCCAACAAGCACAGCACCGACAAGAAGAUCCCUCUAGCGGAGAUGGAAGCUCUGUCUCUGGCCUCAGAGAAAUCCUGGUCCCUAGCUCUGCCCGACGACUCGGCCCCUGGCGAUUUUAGCCCCCUCUUUCUAAGCGCUGUGGAAUGCAAUCUGGAGGCACCGAAGGACAACCUGCUGAGUGUCAGAAAGCCUGCGGUGGGACGGACUCACUCCCUGCCCGACAGCUACAUGUUCUUCCCCCUUCGCCCCUUUGGUUCCUCGUCUCCGUCCCCAGCGCAGCUUGUAGCACAGUCACAGGGGCCCCAGCACCUAGUGGGCACUCACAGGGCCCAAUCAGGCUCCAGAGGCUCGGUGCGCUCGCAGCCAGAGGAGUGCUCCCAGCAGCUGACGGUCCCCACUGACUUCUUCAGACCCAUCAGCCCCCACAGCCACUCAGACUCCGAGAGUAUUCCUCGACAACCGCCGUCAAGACACACACAUGCACUUAGCCGCACGCUCCGCCGACAGGUCGCAGUGUCCACUGAUUCUCAGGAGGCCCUCUGUUCAGAUGAACAGGAGAGCAGUGAAGGACUUCUGAACGUGGCAGCUUUGGGGCUACCUCCAUCCGCCUCUCCCUCCCAUCAGCAUCAUCAUCCCCAUCUACACCCAGCUCUCUGCCUGGUGCCUGCCACACCGGGUGCCUCCCCUAAACCCAGCAGCGUGCACACCCAGCAACAUGACCAGCACUGCCUUGCCUCCUACUCUUCAUCUGCGUUACUAUCCUCCCACCCGCUUCCUCCUCCCUUACCUGCCAGGCCCCAACAGCAGAACCAAGAGGAGGUGGAGGCGGCGUCGGAGGAUCGUGAAGUUUCUCUAAUCACCUGUGGAGGGCUGGUGGGAAGCGACAGCGUCGCUGUGGAGGACACGGUGUGCCAGGAGAGUCGGAGUCCCUGCACGAGGCAGCUCAAGAGGUUCCACAGCGUCGACACGCAGGGGCGUAGCACCCUCCUGCCCCGCCCGCGCCCUUACUCCUGGCUGGACGACCCGCGGCGCCACUCCGUAGAAGUGUACCCUGCGGAGGACCCUUGCCCACAGCACAGCGCCGCCUCCACAUCUUCAGGGUUUGUGUCCCGGUCCGACAGCCUGCAGAUUCCCACCCAGGCCCCACUGCCGUCCCCCCGGCGCAAGAAGAAGAUGAGCCCACCCUGUAUAUCCGUCGACCCACCCGAUGAACUCGAACCCCAGUCUGGCCUCUACCCCAGCCUCAGUGGCAUGGGGUUGGCAGGAUUAGGAAUGCCCCCUCCUCUGCCCAGCAGGGACACAUGUCUGAGGAGGAGAGCCCCCUCUAGCGACUCCAAGGACUCAUUCGACCUGGGAGUCGGAGAGGGUUCGGGGCAAGACGGAGGCUCGCCGAAUCCCAAUCCCAGCUCCAAGCUAUUGACUCUUCCCAGCUUCUCCUUCGAGAAGACAAGCUCCGAGCACUGAACAUCAACUCUCCCAUCACACACAAGAGCAUAUAAACGUGCACACACACACGGAUGAACCCUCUGCAUACACACAUACAUACACACAAACACAUGAUGCACUCUGUGUAUCUGUGAUGGUGAUAGCUCUAGUAAUAAUGCUGUAGAAAGUAAUAAUGGUAAAACUACAACAAACAGUGAAACCAUCCUUCAUGAGGAGUGCAGUACUGUGGUAGUGUGACCAUCCCUCGUCUUUGUAUUGUUACUGCCAAAACAGCCAGAGAACGAGUGACCACCUGAGACGACAAAACGAGACUGUUUCUCUUCUGCGACACCUUGCAGCUUGACCCCUGAACCUCUGGAGCAACAUCAGCAUCUGGGAUUUGGCAACCCCCCACCCCUUGUGGCCGCUGUCAGAACGGCCUGGUGUUGCACAAGGUGGAUCUGGUCGGUGGAGAUACAAAGCAAUAUGAACGUUUUAGAGACACUAUUUUCUUAAAUUAUUGGGCCAUCGUGUUUGUACAGGAUGUUGUUUUGUUUUUUGUUUUUUUAUGUUUUCACAUCUUUGUUGUUUUUUUUUGUCAAUUAUGUUUUGUCUUUCUUUUUCACUGUAGGAUAUUUCUAGCCUCCUUGGCUUACCGAGGAAAGUGAGUGUUUUUCAAAGUGCUGAAAACCAUGUAUUUGUAGGAAUAAUAUAUAAAUAUAUAUAUAAAAAGAAAUCAUUAAACUGAGCUUGGAUUUUUAAGCACACACAUCA